CUUACCUGGGCUGGGUGUGACUUCACACAAUCGCAAACAAAGAGUGCCUGUCCGCCAGGCAGCCAGCUCUAAAGGGAAAUAGAUCUCUUUCUUUUCUUUAAUUUGCUUUUAUCGGCGUUCAUUCUCUACAGCGGAGGCAGAGCAGGGAGCCGUCUGGUGCGGGGAGAACGACCCUCACCUGUUUUUCCCAUAAACGUGAGCCUUUGGAAAGGGGAUGAUCGGAAGGCUGUACGAGUGGUUCUGGUGGGACCGCAUCUGGCUACCGGUCAACCUGACCUGGGCAGACCUGGAGGACAGAGACGGCCGUGUCUACGCCAAAGCCUCACAUCUCUACGUCACGAUCCCCUGUGCGGUCGUCUUCCUCCUCGUCAGAUACGUGUUCGAAAGGUUUAUAGCGACACCACUUGCAUCCUAUGCCGGUAUCAAGGAAAGAGUCCACCAGAAAGUCCUGGACAACCCCGUCCUUGAACGGUGUUACCUGUCUCACUCCAAAUGUCCUUGCCAGGCAGACAUUGACGGGCUGUCUAAGAAAACCAGUUUGUCAGUCCGACAAGUUGAGCGCUGGUUCAGGAGAAGACGCAACACGGACCGUCCCAGUGUUCUGAAGAAGUUCAGAGAAGUGAGCUGGAGAUUUGCGUUCUACCUCUUCGCAUUCAUUGGAGGCGUGGUGGCUCUUUAUGAUAAAGAAUGGUUUUAUGACACUUGGGAAGUGUGGACGGGCUUUCCAAAGCAGACUAUGCUAGAAUCCCAGUACUGGUAUUACAUCCUGGAGAUAAGCUUCUAUGGUUCUCUCCUCUUCAGCGUCACCUUUGAUGUGAAGAGAAAGGAUUUUAAGGAACAAAUCAUUCACCACCUGGCCACUCUGGUCCUGCUGUCAUUCUCCUGGUGCGUCAACUACAUCCGCAUCGGGACGCUGGUGAUGCUCGUGCACGACGCCUCUGACGUUCUACUGGAGUCUGCCAAGUUGUUUAACUAUGCCAAAUGGGAGAAAACCUGCAACGUCCUGUUUCUGGUGUUUGCCAUCGUGUUUAUGGUGACACGGCUCAUCAUCUUCCCCUUUUGGCUGAUCCACUGUACCUGGGUGUACCCCGUCUAUCAUUACCCCCCCUUCUUUGGCUACUACUUCUUCAACGUGAUGUUGGUGGUUCUGCUGUUCCUGCACGUAUUCUGGGCCUACCUCAUCCUGCGGAUGGUCCAGAAAUUCUUCUUUGGCACUAUGACCAAAGACGAGAGAAGCGACAACGAAGAGGAGGAGGAGGAAGAGAGCAGUUCGGCUGAGGAGGACGAAGGACGGCACAAGCUUGGCAAUGGAUUUGGGGGUGACGAAAAGAAGGGUAAAAAUGGCCACCUUGGACAAUUCUCUCUGCCGGAGGACGUCUGCAAGUCGAAGACCGUGCGCUGACCGGCUCUCCUUGUGGGUCGGUGGAGCCUCACACCCAGAGGAGGGAAUUCAGAGGGUAAUAAAAACCAUACAGGUGGACUAGAAAGCAGAAACUCGGUACACAGAAAGCACACACAACCGACACUAAAUAAUGCCAAUGAUCAUAAGGUCCGACUGGCGGAGCGUCAAAGUGGGGCUACAACAUGGCUCGCCCCACUACUACAUUACAGAUAUGUUUGGCACAAACACACUACACACUCAGCCAUGAUGCGUGAUUAUACAACAGCGUCACUAAAACAGGGAAAGAGCGCUGCACAGUCAGUGUUUAAGGCCGGUUAUAGACCGCUGGAACAAGUUAUUUCGAAUAAAAAUCAUCAAACACAAAAUUAUUUAUGUUUUACUUUUGUUUUUUAGAUCAGCGU